AUGCCGCCCAACUUCUACGAGCAGACUAUUCCGGCCUGGUGCAUCGAGGCCGUGCCCCGGCCCUACAGCCGAUGGCUAUCCUUCCUCUCGCUGCGCUUCGUGACAGUCCUGACUUCGAUGAUAGGGGUUAUCUGCUACGCCUGGGGUCUCCCGUUGCAACAAGGGGGCCUGGUGUAUAGCGAUGGAGUCGGGCCCGCACUGGCAUCGAGCAACUUGGGCACGGCUGCCUACGGAUUCCUCUGGUCCAGCUCCGUCAUCCUGGUCGUCGUUGCCUUCAACUGCGCCGUACACCCGGGCGCCACCAUCACCUUUGACCUCCUGGCCAUGGCGGGCCAGAUUACCACUGCUGUCUGGGACAUGUAUGAGCUGGGCUAUUACCAUGACUUUGGGGUCGAACGCUGGUCGAGGGGGCGCGAGCGGCGACUUAUCGGGGUUGAGGUCUUUGCGGCGGUUAUGAUGCUGGUUGGAUCGUGA